AGUCAUUCCUUAUACAUAUAUAUACCCAUCGGCUCCUGCUUUAAUAUCUUAACCACCACAUGCAACCACAUAACACUUAUCCACAUGCUAUUAUUAUCCAUUUAAGAAACACGUGUGUAUGUACGUACAUAUGCACAUAUGCUGCAACAAAUGCAAACUAACUUUCAACCACCACCAACUUGUAAUAUGUAACCAAUAUUUUUUAUGGUCCAUUCUCCCCACCGAUUGCUAUGCAACAAUCAAGCAAUAUUCAUAACAAUACAGACUCUUACAACGUAUUAUUACCCGUGUACAUCUUGCCUACACUAAAACAGGUGUUUAGUACUCACUCUUACGUAAAUAUACAGUGAAAGCUUGUAAAUCUCUUCGUAAUUCGAGAAAACUAAAGAACUCAUAAAUAAUUAAACGUUCAUUAAUUCCACGUUAACCAAUUUACUCAGCUAAAUGUGCAAUUUCUUUAAAAAUGCACGAAUCUCCUCUCCGCGUUCAAAAUUUGGACGAAUCUCCGUCCAACAAACGGAGACGCCGUGCCACGGGGGGAAGUCUCACCCCGUCAACUUCGCAAUUAGUCGAGCUGGAUAAUUUACCCUGGCUGAGUGACCCCAACUUGGACGCGAUACAGCCCCCGUUGUCCUUCAAAGAACGCACGGUUGCCUGGUUAAGUAGGAAUUUAGAGGACAAACAUGUCCCUAUAUUUAUUCCGUCGGUGUCACUUUUGCAAAUUGGCCUCUAUUACUCCGUAGGCUUCGAUAAGCUACUCCUCCCAUUUGGAAUCGAUCCAUACAGACGAUACGAAAUUUGGAGAUAUGUCACAAUUCUUUUGGUUCAUAAUACCCCUCUCCACUUAUGGGUCAAUAUCAUUGGCCAACUAAUUGUUGGCACGUUGCUGGAAAUUUCUUACAAUUGGGUCAAAGUUUGUGCCAUAUAUUUGACCUCGGUGGUCGGAGGGUCACUCUCCAUUACAAUCUUCUCAUCUCUAGUUUAUGCAUCCGGAGCGUCUGCAGGACAGUAUGGGUUGCUAUUUGGGCACGUUUCUGCACUAAUUUUGAAUUGGCAUACCGCGAGAUGGAGACGGUUGCGUUUGUUCCUUCUCAUUCUUUACUUAAUCCUCGACAUCGGGCUGGCCCCUGUGCUCCAACAAUUGUGAGCAAUUCUGCCCACGUGGGAGGCGCCUUGACCGGUUUCCUAGUUUCAGUCAUAUUCCUCAAUAAAUCUACAAGCCAUAAAUUCAAAGCAAAUUUCUCCCGAAUUGCAGCCUGUAUUCUCAUCUUGACUUUACUAGUUGUCUGCAUCGGGAUAAAUGUUGCAUUUCCGAACCGUUACCUGCAAUUGGAGAAUGAGUCUCUCAGGUUCGAGUACCGAAAGACGCAUGCUCAGCAUUACGAGCGAGAGUUAUUAAAGUCAUACACAAUUUAGGAGAGUCACAAUUUUUCUUGUGAAGCAUAUUAAUUUAACCUAAUUAUUUAUUUAGUUAUAUAAAAAGCUAUGAAUAAAUAUUUUUGUAUCGAUUCCUUUUA